AUGGCGGCGGCUGGAGGAGAUUCCGACGGUGGAGGUAACAGUGGCCAAGAAGGUAGCGCCCUAGGGCUGGAAGGCGAAGCCGGGCCGGACGCGGAGACAGACUCGGAGGUGUUUACAUGCGUGGCUCACUGCUCGGAGCUAGCCUGGCGGCAGAACGAGCAGCGGCGGUUGGGCCUCUUCUGUGAUGUCACGCUGGCUUUCGUUGGCGGCGGCAACGGCGAGGAGGAGAGGGAAGUGGGCGGAGCCUUCUCCCGAACGGACCCGCCCCCACGCGAAUUCCGCGCGCACCGUUCGGUCCUGGCAGCUGCCACCGAGUACUUCGCCCCUCUCCUCUCGGGAGACUUCGCCGAGUCCCGGUCAGGUCGUGUGGAGUUGCGCAAAUGGAGUUCCGAGGCUGCACCAGACCCGGAGACAGUGGAGGCCGUCAUCAGCUUCAUGUACACGGGGCGCGUCUGCGUCAGCCCCGGCAACGUCCACGAAGUCCUGGAGUUGGCUGACAGAUUUUUAUUGAUACGCUUAAAAGAAUUUUGUGGAGAAUUUCUCAAGAAAAAGCUGAACCUCUCCAAUUCUGUUGCCAUCCAUAGCUUGGCUCACAUGUACUCCUUGAACCAGCUAGCUCUGAAAGCUGCUGACAUGAUUAGGAGGAACUUCUACAAAGUUAUCCAAGAUGAAGAGUUCUACACUCUGCCAUUCCACCUCAUCAGGGACUGGCUAUCGGACUUAGAAAUCACAGUGGAUUCAGAAGAAGUUCUCUUUGAGAUGGUCUUAAAGUGGGUUCAAAGGAAUCCUGAUGAAAGAGAGAAGUACUUUGGAGAACUCUUUAAACUUCUCCGGCUGUCUCAGAUGAAACCCACAUAUCUGACCCGGCAUGUCAAAUCGGAAAGGCUUGUAUCAAGUGAUGAAGCUUGUCUCAGACUUGUGUCAGAAGCAGUGGAAAGUCAUGCUCUCAGGGCUGAAAACUUGCAGCUAGGUACACUCCAACAAGUCACUUCACCUGUAACAUUGCUGCCUCGCUUUGGGCAAAACAUGGAUGUUAUCAUGGUCAUUGGUGGUGUGUCUGAAGGAGGUGACUACUUGAGUGAGUGUGUGGGAUAUUUCAUUGAUGAAGAUAGGUGGGUGAACUUGCCACACGUACACAAUCAUCUUGAUGGACAUGCUGUUGUAGUGACCGAAUCCUAUGUUUAUGUAGCAGGUUCCAUGGAGCCUGGCUUUGCAAAGACUGUGGAAAGGUACAACCCAAAUAGAAAUAUCUGGGAGCAAGUUUCCAACUUGAUAAGCAGGAAGCAUUCUUUUGGCCUAACUGAAGUAAAAGGUAACCUGUACAGCAUUGGUGGACAUGGGAAUUUUAUCCCUGGCUUUAAAGAUGUAGCGGUCUACUAUCCUGACCAAGACAAGUGGCACAACUUGGAGUCAGCACCAAAGAUACUUCGGGAUGUCAAAGUGAUUACUAUAGAUGACAGGUUUGUUUACAUGGCUGCCCGCACACCAGUUGAUGGGGAUAGUGAAGAAGGCUUAAGGGCUGUCAUCAUCCGAUAUGAUGCAGACACAAGACAGUGGCAGGAUUCGGAAUCUCUACCACUCCUUGACAAUUACUGCUGCUUUCAGAUGGCUGUGGCCAACACCAACUUUUACCACACAGCCUCUUGUUGUCCCAGAAGCUACCCCUUGGACCAUGAUGAGGUCAAAAGAAAGAUCUCCAGCCAGGUGUCUGAUGAUAUUCUGGAAAGCUUGCCACCAGAGGUUCUUAGCAUUGAAGGGGCAGCUGUCUGCUAUUACAAAGAUGAUGUCUUCAUCAUAGGUGGGUGGAAGAAUAGUGAUGACAUAGACAAACAGUACAGGAAAGAGGCGUAUCGCUACUGUGCUGAGAGGAAGCGCUGGCUGCUACUCCCUCCCAUGCCCCAGCCCCGCUGUCGUGCAACAGCCUGCCAUGUGAGAAUCCCCUUCCGCUCCUUACAAGGCACCCAGCGAUACCCAAUGCCACAAAACCUAAUGUGGCAGAAGGACCGAAUCCGGCAAAUGCAGGAGAUACACCGUCAUUCCUUAAGUUUGCGGAGGAUGCCACGGUCUCAGAUAGAGUGCUAACUUGAAUAAAUUGAGUUUGAGAGAGGCCUGUCUGUGUUGCUAUGCUCAGCAUGGUGCUGCAGCAGUAACCUAUGGUGCUGCAUAAGGUUAAGGUGUAUAGCCAGCUUAUACACUGAGAGUUAUUGAAGGAGAUAUAGCCUAAGUAACCUUGGGUGUUUGUCAGGAUUGCUAGCACCACAGGAAAACUAGACUAAUACCAGCUGCAAUAUGAUGGUAUGCACAGAUAUCAAGACCUUAAAGCCUUUGGUGUCCACCCCCAUCAGAUGCAAACGGAGAGAACCUGUAAACUAAUUGCUCUGGCAAUGUUUAGAAAAUGCAGUUUCGGCACAGUCUCUCCCCUCCUUUUCCCAGGAGCUUCUGUACAAGGCCCAUUUAUUCCAAUUAGGUGUGUGUAAGAGAAUUUUCCUGUGGAUUGGGGCCUAUCUUGCCAGUUUUUAAGCAUUUAUACAGGCUGUGUGAAGUAUACAUUUCUACUUAUUUUAAAAUAACACAAAAAAAUAUUGUAAUACCAUUUCAAGGUUUUCCUUUUGAAAGGCAUCCAUUUUUGUUUAUGCAAUUGUUUUCUUUAUUUCUGCAGUUGAUGUGAAUCUGCUUAAUUUUCUCAAACUUGGAGCCAUGUGCAAUAGUUUUUUAAAAAAACUAUGUGAUAAGUAAGCACAAACUUUCUAAGAACUUCAGAACGUUCCUAUGCUUAUACAUAUUUUAUAGUUGUAUUUAUCUAGAAGUAUUUGUUUCUCCUUGGAGGAUAUUGGUGAAAAUGAUAUUUUAACAGUUAGAUUCUCCUCAGUUCUGUAUUUAAAAAUUCAGAGUCUGAGUAGCAAAAAAAAAUUUGCUAUGAUUUUUGGUGACAUUCCCUUUUAUUUUGGAGUAAUCCCAUGGAUUUCAGUAAACUAUAUAUAUGGUUCAGGAUUGUGGCCUUAAAGGAAUGAGUGAAAAGACCAAAAAGACUACAGACCCAAAUUCAUAAUUUGAACGAAUUAGGGGUUCAUCAAUGCAGGGAGAAAGGUGAAUGAAUUCUUUGAGUGAGUAUAUGUGUUGUGUGCAUGCACUUGUGUGCAGCGAUGUAAUGGAGUAAGUGUGCUUAGAAAAACACAAACCUCCACCCAACCUGCCUUUGACAAUCAAAUCUCUUUGCCUUCAUGAUAAUGCCAUGACUUGUCCUCACUAUACUGAGUACUUGAGACUUUGGUUGGAGUGGAACAGUUGUCUCUUGACUGCAAUUUUUGACAGGGUCUUAGUCUUUCGCUGUUCUAUCUUUUGGCAGCAAAUAAUAUUCGUCCUCGAGCAAAGUUCUUUGAGACUGGACUGGUAGAAGUUCUUUGCUGCUUUUUUUCUUUCUAAGAAAGCAAGAUGUUUGCAUUCUCUAGAGUGUUGAUGGUAUUGUAGAAGAUGCAAAGUAGGUAAAAUGUUUAUUGGACCAAUUUAGAAAAGCAUUCAAGCUUUGGAAUGUCACAAUUCUUCCUCAGGCAGGCAUACUGCAUGAUAAAAAACUGAAUUUUUUCACAGCGACUGAAGUUGCUGAAGUCCAGUAAAAUACUUAAUUUUACCAUCUUCAUAAAUUAUGUCUUUUGGGAUGAAGAUUUAGUAACGGACACACUACUUAGUUGUCCAAGGCAGUCUUCUCAAGGGGUGUCUGUGGGCUUCACCACUCCCUCCCACUCUUGACAUUCAAAUGCAUCUUGGCAGUAGUAUUUACAAUGCCCCUGUUGUGGGCUGUAGGCGAUUGCUUCAGCACCAUCGCCCACAUAAGCCAAUCUUUUUUUUUUUUUUUAAUUAUUCCCUCCUCCUCCUUCCUUUCCAUUAUGCCAUUCUGACUUUGUGUCAAGAUGAGCAGAAGCUAAGUAUGUGGUGAUGAUAGUCAAAGGCCCAUGUGGUCAUUGGGCUCAUGUGCAAGCAGAAUACUCAGAAUAAAACGGACUUAACUUCUCAUAACAUUUCUAGGGUUCUUCUCUGAACUAUAUUAUUCUUACUUCCUUUGUUGUUUUCCCCUCCCCUUUUAACUGAUCUAGAUUUACAUGAUGCCUAACAGGAUCACUGAGAUGGGAUAAGAGGAGAAAUUGGUAUAUGAGAAGUCUUCAUUGCCCAAAGUUAUGAUGACAGCUAAUUGUGUUUGAAUGGCACACAGUGUCUUAAAUUUUGGAAAGCACUUUUCAAGAUUAUUUUUUAAAGAGAAACAUUACCUUAAGGACUGACCAUUCUUAUUUUCCAAUUUAGCAAGAAGCCCAAUUCAUGUCUGAGACACUGGGGUAAGUCUUUCAACUGCAUGGAUGUGCACAGGUUUUCUUGACUUUCAUUUGUCCCCCUAAUACCUUUUGCAAGAUAUUGCUUGGUUUAGAAACUCGUGUGCAUUAAAUAUGUCUUGCGAUAGAGUUCUCACUAAUGCAGCCUUAUGAAACGAAGAAUCAAACAUUUAACAAUCUAGAAGUGCCCCCCUUUGCUUUUAAGAGAUAUUGUACAUACCAGCCAGUUACUUGUAUAGAAGGUAGAUGCUUGUAAAGGCUGGCAUUAAUCUGUUUUUAAAACUUCUUUCAGAGCUAAGGUUGACAUUCCAAAGUGGCAGGAAUAGUUCUGAACAGCCCAACACAAGUUAAUAGUGAGAGGUGCUGAUUAAAUGAAACUUAAGAUCAUUACUAGGGUCAGUUAUGGCCAAAUAUAUGUUAAACAAACUGGUUUAUUUGAGAGAUGUAGUUUUUUCUGAGGUUGCUCAAAGUUCUCUGUUAAUUCUUUCACAGUACCAGAACUAAUAGGGUUCCUUUGGGGAAAGCCAUGGCACGUUACAUUUGUAAUGUAGGCUUGACCCUCUGUAUCUUUGUAGUUGAAAUGCAACAUAAGUUUUAAGACUUCAUGCUAGCUCUAUCUGAUCUGCAAUGCAAAAUGGUUGGCAGUACCCCCAAAGGAAUAAAUAUAUUAACUGUGUUAAUUUAUCUGUACAAGUGUUCAGUCUGGCUUUGCUUGCUUAAAUUAAAUCCUAAGUCAUCUUGGAUGUUGCUUGUGAAUGCCAGUCACCUAUAAUGUACUGGUCUACCUGUCUUGCUUGGACAUUUCAGUUUGCAUGGAAAUUAAGAGCACACUAGAAAGCAGUCCCAUUGUACCAUAUGUAGUGUCAAACAUUGGGAUCUCUUAGUGUAGAUUCUGGAAGCUUGUCAGGCUACUAACCUCCUCCUCUGUUUUUAGUGAUUCAUAGCCCCUGAAUAAGCACAGGUCUUGUGUGCAUGCAGAAGUCUUGCCUCUUAGUCAUCAUACUACCCCUUGACAAGUUGGUAAAAGUAGUGUCGAAUGACACUAUUCAGUAGUCACCUGACAAAGGGAAAUUUUCAGGCAGACCAUCAAAAUGAUGCUCCCACUUGGAGAAGGUUGACAGCCCUAGGCUGCAUUCCUAAAUGUAGCUGAAGGUUCAAAUGAAAUCAGUGGGAUUUAUGUCUGAGUAAACAUGUAUAGGGUUGGGCAGCUAGUCAGACUGGAGACAACUGUUAAGAAAACUAAAGACCUCAAAGUAAUAGUAGUUGAGGUGCUCCAGGACAGAAAAGCAUGCCAGCUGCCAAGAUACUUUUUAAAACUGUGCUGUUCCUUUGCUAUGAUGGAAUGCAUGUUUCACACUCUGCCUUCCUCUUGGUGACGCUAGUGAAGUUGGCUAGACUCUUUACUAUGCCUGAGUAGACAGUAUUACACAGUCUGUAGAUUACUCUAAAUAUGCACAUAAUCUUCCUGUUAGAUUUCAAACUCCUGUUUUGUGUUUUGUGUGUGUGUUUGUGUGUGUGUGUGUGUGUUUCAGUAAAGCUCGUUUUUACUCAGUGAAGGUAACAGGCAUGUCAUUUAGGUAAUCUCUGCUGACUGCCACAAAUGACUUCUGUUGUAGUAGAGGUUACAGCAACGAGAAGGAGGAUCAUAAAAAAUAUUUAGGAUACCAGUAUUUGCAGUGUGACACAUGGGCUGUUUUCAGCAGGCCACAAAGAAAUUGCCACCAAAUUGAGCAUCUAUCAUCUUGGAAUAAUAUCUAUAGAGAGAUGUUUUCAAGGGCCAAUCUAAACAGGUGGUAUGCACAUCAGUCUUGUUUUUCCUUUGCCUGCUCCCUGCUUCUGGGACACUUGCCUCAAAGCCAUCCUAGCUGUAAGUGGGAGUUUGCUGAUAGAGCUUCCGGCUUCCCCUGAGCCCUAACAAGGUAACUGAAUGUAAAUCUAAAAGUCAGUUUCUAGUCCUAAGAAUUCCUCAUGGAUCUGGGAAUCUGUAAGGCAGCAUAUGUUCUUUUCCCACUGCACGCCACAUUUGUCCAUGUAUGCUGCUUGACAGAUGGAGCAAUGUAGAGCAUCAUGGACUGAAAAAGCACUUCCCUCCAUUCAAGUAGAGUUAUUUUGAAGAUCAGGAUGUCCCUAAAGUCUGCUUAAAAUGUUUGCAGCUCAGUAUAUGCUGUACUAAGGUUCUGUAUCACUAAACUAUUUCAAUAAACAUUUUAUUUCUCUA